UGUGUUUGAGUUGAGCCCUCCUUCCUGUUCUCUUCAUUGCUUUGAAAACUGGAGGAGGAGGACUCCUGUUUACAAUCGCUAGAACAAUAUGGCUGAGAACCGUGCAUCAUCUUCUCUUUGUACAAAAGAACGUGGAGUUGUGAUUCCCGAUGAAUGGCCUGGAUACCAAUUGGAUGUGUUUUCAUUACCUAACCAUUACUGCGAAGAUUUAGAAUGUGUAUAUAUUCCUCAUGGUGUCAUUGCUGACCGGAUUGAACGCAUAGCUAACGACAUAAUGAAAGAUAUUGGGGAUAACUAUAUUACUGUGCUGUGCGUACUGAAAGGAGGGUACAAGUUUUGCGCAGACCUUGUGGAACACAUCAAGAAUCUCAGUCGAAAUUCUGAAAGGUUCAUUUCUAUGCGGGUUGAGUUUAUCAGACUAAGAAGCUACUGUAAUGAUAAAUCCACAGAAGAAACUCAGAUAUUUGGUGGAGCUGACCUGUCAAAGUUGACUGGAAAGAAUGUACUGAUUGUGGAGGACAUUAUUGGAACUGGAAGGACAAUGAAGGCUCUUCUCAGUCACAUAGACAAGUACGAGCCCAAAAUGGUGAAAGUGGCUAGUUUGCUGGUGAAAAGGUCUUCUGGAAACAACACAUAUAGGCCGGACUAUACUGGAUUUGAAAUUCCCAACCUAUUUGUCGUUGGCUACGCCUUAGAUUAUAAUGAGCAUUUUCGAGAUCUUCAUCAUAUUUGUAUCAUCAAUGAAAAAGGUAAAGAAAAAUACAAGGUGUAGCCAGGAUACUGAUUUUGUGAAGAGGAAAAAGCUGUUUUGAUUACAAAUUAUCAAGAACAUUUUUUGUAGCAUUGUGUAGAAUUUUUGGUACAAUUUUUGUACAUUUUGGUAUAUUUUCUAUGUUUUGUUUUUUUGUUGUUGUUUUUUUUUUAAUAAAGCAUUUUUCCUUCUAUUAACUUUUUACUUGUUAAUACAUUUAUAAUUAUAAUUUAGUAACUGUAUUGCAGUCACACUGUGGUAAGAUUUAACCCUUUUUAACCCUUUUACUACCAGUAAUUUUAGAGAAAAACUACCGGAGAAUAUUUAACAUUUUUGCUAUGUCACUAAUUACAAAGAAAUAAAGCCUUUGUUUGUUUGUUUUUAUUUACCUAUGAAA